CUCGUCCAAAAUUGAUAACCCAUUCUCACUUUGCCCCAAUCGCCAACUGAGAUGGAUGCAAAACAAUGUCGAACAGUGUGGACGAGUUGAUCGAUUGUCUUCUCGAGGAGAUAGCGAUCGGGGGUCGUCAAGGUCAGUAAAGGAAUUCAAUUUCUCCGGUGGCGUAAUGGGCAAGAAUGUGAAACGCGAUGUUUGGUUUCCUACACAUCCACCCUCUGAUUCAUCCUUCAACAUCGCCGAAACUGACCAAUCUUUGCUAUGGAAUAGGUUUGACCAUUAACGAGAUUGGGAAGCGCGUCGAUACUUUAUACAAUGGUCCUAACGUUCACUCCGCGCAUCUUGACGGCAAUGAACCUUUGCCCGUCACAGUUGAUGGAGAUCUAUUGGCAUGUGUCUGGAGAUGGCUUGCCCGUCACCCUGAUAUCUCGAUCGGAGAAAACAAGAGAUACAAUAACGAAUCUCUGGCUCAAAUAAUCUCAAAGUUUCCACAUUAUCUCGACUCAGCUUAUGCCCUUUCCCAGGAGCAGUCUAGACCCAUCGAUAUCCCCUCCGAAUUGAACGAGGCUUCAACACUAAACAACAACGACCUGGACAAAAGCCCUAGAAAAUCUCCGUCUCACACAGACACUGGCCCUAGAUUCACCGUCGCCGAAGAACGUGCUUACCGCGCUAUAUGUGGUCACGCUCCAGAUCCUGCUAAAGUUGCUCCGCUGGAAUUCGAGCUUCUGUGCCACAUCGCUGCAGCACGAUCAGACGGGAUUCUUCAGGGUCCUCUAGGAAGAGUCUCGGGACAAGACAAGCGAUCAGUGCCAAAGCGCACCGAUGGACUUUAUCGCAAGGGCUACAUCGUCAAGGAGACCGUCUAUCACCAUGGAACCAAGACAAGUCGUCUAAUUCUCACCAAGUUUGCUGACUUUUCUACAACGAGCCUGAAUAAGACUGGCGAUUCAAAGGGCGCCUCCCUACGCGAAUCGUUGGUUCGCGAUGUGGUGCGCAGAGUUUUUGAGGAGCUCCAGCGCCAGAAUCUACUUCCACAGUCCGAAUUGGCCGAGAGUUUGAACAUGUCAUCGUCCUCCAAAUCCACAGUCCUUGCGAAGAUCAUUCGUCGCCUCGAACAAGUAAAGCUAGUCAAAAGAGUGAGAAUGGCCUUUGGUCCAACUGCGAUCACUGGAGAUCUCAAGUUAUGCAUCCAGAAAUUGCGGGAUUUGGAUGACAAGGCCCUCCAAUCAUUCGAUACGGAUACGCUGUCGCUGGAUCAGCAAAUCAGAGGUCUGGCUUUAAGUCCCGAAGACGAGGCCUUGGAACCAGAGCCAGGCAUUGAAGUGGAGAAUGACCACACCUCAUCGACCUUGUCACACUCGUCUGCCUUGGCCUGGAAUCCAGAUCGCUCUAUGCCCAAUAUCUUGUGCGAUGCUGUCCGUCUAUCCGGUGAGAACGGCCUCACUAACCUUAAUGCAAGAGAGCAAGUCACCGGUAUGAUACUUCGUCGCAGCGUCGAGGCAUUGAUGAAUCGCAUAUCAUGCCGAUCACUAGUACAGCAGCCUCCUCAUCUAAGACAUCUUGCCAUUGUCCGCUGCAAUUUGAGAUUUGAUGGCUUUGCACAGUAUCUCCACUUUUCAUGGGACGCAUUUAAAGCAUUAGCGGCAGAGAAGAGGAUCGACAUUUCACAAGUCCCAGGUGCUAAGAAAGUUCUAAAGGCGGCUAACAGUACUCAAAGCCAAAGUCACGCCGACAAAGAACUCCCUUCUCAAAUCAAGGUAGACGAUUUUGGUUUCCCGCCACAUGAGUACAAAUUUCGACAGCUGAACCAUGGAGAGGUGACUUUUUCCGAUCUCGUCCGUCAGAUGUUUCAGGCAACCAGUCGUCUACCACGGAAAAGUAGAGGCGUUGUUGGAGAUCCUGAGGUGCGCACGAGCUCGCAGCGAAAUGACCAUGUAGGUCAUGCUGUCAAUGUGCAAAUUAAAGCAAGCCCAGUCGUACUCAAGGACGGCCCAACUGGGAGACCUCGAAAGUAUCUUCGAGGUACUGAGAAAUUUUGGAAACGGAUAUUCGGGCAAGCCCAGAUUGAUGCCAAUGUAAAGCGCAGAAAUGGAGACGCCGUGAGUGCUAUGAAGGAUCCAGAGUCUCUGAGGUUGUUUGCUCAACGUCCAGAAGGGUUUGAUGAGCUUUUGGUCCGAGCGAUCGAUGCUGGCCUGCCAGUACCAUGGAGGUUCGAAGACAUCAACGUGGCCUGGGUAGACGCCACUCAAGAUAUCCUCAAUCGGUCUGACCUCACGGUUCGCAUUUCGCCGAAAGGCCUUCGACCCUCGAGCACGAAACUUGCAUCUCAAAUCAUGAUCAUUGGCUCUGCCCGAUUGAAUGAGGUUGAUUUCUAUGAUCGCAACAAAAUACACGACUUUCGAUUCAUCACCUCCACUGUCGCUCACAGCUUUCAUUAUCGACGCAAUUACUCCGGGUCGGCGGGUUUCUUGGGGCGAAAUGGUCGAUCCUAUGUUUCAGCCAAACGAAGCUUCGGACCUCCGAAAUGCAUCACAAAACAAAUCGAUCAGGCCACAGCAGAAAGAAUUGAUCUAGAAACUGGCACCACCUCGCCCCAGAGCAAUCAUGCAAACACCUCAUCGGCUUCUCCAUUACAAUCUGAGCAGGCCCUGGAUAAUGCUCCUGCGGAUGAUUCAAAAACCGCGCAGCUGGGAUUUAUGGUUUCUCAGGACCACGUCGGUUCCGUACGAAGACGCAGUACGCAGAUUCCAGGGGAGAUUCCGCCCCCGUCUGGCGAGAUUAAUGCUCCGUCUCGUCCUCCACCAAAUGGCCUCCCUAUCAGUGGCAUGACAGCAGCCUCGGCAGGUCAGACCUCUAAACAGGUUCCUAGAUCUUCCCUUCUGACGGAAAGUGUAUUGUCAAUUCAGUCAUCUACCAUAUCUACAAUGGUAGGAGUGCCCAGGGAUCACCUUCCUCUGUCUGGCACACAUAAUCAGCCCUCGGCGAUCCCGCAACGGCAAGACCAGGCCACAGAUAAUGUGAAAGGCUCUUCAUCGACAAGGAACGACCCGGAGCAUGUUAUAGCUCCUCCUGAGCCUUCCACGCCCGAGCCUGCUACUUUACAAAGACGACCAGGAACAGCUACAGGAAGACGCACAGCCAAAAAGCCUGCCUUUUCGAGGAAGAGGGCUCGGUCGCCAUCACUCGACUCGACACUAUCACAAGACGAAUUUGAACAUCAGACAUCCCGCAAACAACAAAAGACAGAAACUGGUUUGACCGGAAGACGGCAAGGCUCCUUAUGCCGGGAAAUUGUGCUUGAUUUGAUAGCAUUGACCAACGGAGCUGCACCUAACGACAGUUUCACCGUACGACGAACUUCUGUCCCACGUUGGCAAGAAAGAGGAGGUGGAGAUGGUCCUCAGCUAAAAAUUGUGAAAAACGCAAUCAAGAGUCUUUGCACGUCUGGAAAGUUGAAGCAAAUGUCCUUCUCAUUUCGGGGUAAAGAUGGUGCGAUGGUCAAGCGAUCGGCCAUCUAUCUGCCUGAACUUGACUCCGAUUCUGAUAUUGUCCAAUCCCUUAGGCAGCAUAUCAUUAAUGCUGAGCCCAUGGAUUACAUUGCACCAGAAUGGAUAGCAGAAGCCUCGCGUGCACCACUACUUGGAAAAGAAAGUCGAGCUCGAUCUCUCAGCAGUGAGCCCUCUCCGUCGCCUCGGCCUUCCCGCCAGCGACGGAUGUCAAGAACCGCCGAGUCCAGAGACUUAGACGACAAUCUGUCGACAGCAAGUAUCGACGCUCGUCCCGAACACAUUCGCCUUGACAGUAUACCAUCUACUGGCUUCGUGACCCUCAGUGUACCCGCAUUGUCUUCACUGCCGGUCGUUGAGCUUCAGAAAUGGUGGACAGAUCUCCCGACGUUCUCCGAAGUCGCCUCGAUAGCGUCAUGGGCGAAGAAGAAUAAACGGCGAGCAGCCACUCGUGGAUCUGGACGUUCGGUAGUCUGGACCAAUACUGCAGACUUCCCCAGCUCAUUGGAAGACCUAUUCAGCAAAUUUCCUUUUGUGGGUCAGAUUGAAAACCCAGAGUAUGACGACAUGAACUGGCAACGAUUUGCUCGAGAGAUUGAGAGCGUGGAGCGUUGGGAAGAGCGUGAUAUAGCAUCCGCGCAAUCUCAGCGAAUGAGAUACGCAUUCAUCAAUCACUCGGUCCCAUCAGCCCUCUAUCCCAGACGGCUAGAAUACAACAAGAUUACAUAUCAUGCUCUGUUACAAUUCUCGGGAGACGACCAAUGUGAUGAACAGCCUUUCCCGCCAACCAAAUCACUACCGCUAUUCGUUUCAGCCUUGGAAAACAAAGAUGAAGAACGUCAUGCUUUGAUAGCGAUGCGCGGUUCUCAAGUCGAGGCAGAUUCUGGAUUGGAAUCUGAUACGAUAUGGAACGCCACGACCAGAAGGAAGCGCAAAUUCGACGGCAAAGACGACGGUUACACUCCAGAGCCAAAGCGACGGAAGGCUGGUUCCAAGACUACGAACAAACGUGCUCAGGACUUUGUCACAAGUUACCCAAGGACUCUAACAGCCAAGAUCGGCAGGGGAACUCAGUAUCUCCGAUCGAUGAGUGAGGAUCAAAUCCAUCGAAUCGCCAUAUCUGUCGCGGUCGUCCGAACUAUGGCUGGAGGGAUUGAGGGUUUUAUCGACUGGCCAUUGGUACUCGCCUUGUUUCCGGAUAUGCCUGAGGAUUCUGUCCGAGGCAGUUGGAAAACAAUAUCGAAGAAAUACAGCAAGGAACUGAUUGCUUUUGUGGCCAAUAUGCAACCCAAAUACCUUGAAGCCCUUGAAGCAAAUGAGGUACCAUCUGUCAACUUUGCUGACUUGAAGGCCACAGAUUGGGAGGGUAUUGUUGCUUGGGCACUACGAACCGUCGAUAGAUUUACGGCAAGAACUACAGACGAGCUGCCUCCGUCACGGGCAGAUCUGCUCGAGGCCAAGGAGAUGUCCUUCCCUGAGCCGAAAAGUUACUCCAGCAUCCUGGCGUACAAUGUCGCCAACACUGGGCCAAUGAAGGAAAGUCUCGCGGGCUCUAUAGUGUUCGCCUCCAGACUCAAGGACCCUGCAAAUCAAGUUCUUCACCAUCGAUCAAAUUCCUCAAUUCACGCCAUUGAUGCAGCCACGAGGCUCGCCAAAUCCUGGGCGCUCGCAACCGUCCUGACACCGGAACAAGACUACGAUCCCAGCCUCACCGAGAUCAAAUUGAAGAAACUAGCCUCAACCAUGAGAGAUGUCGAUAGCCUGCUACACCGCGCUCUCAAACUGCUACAAGAAGAAAAGAUCGUCCAGCAAUGUCCGAGACAUAAUCAGGCGGACCCAGGGGCGAAGUUGCGUGGGUAUGAAAUAUCUCGAAACUUUUUUGAGCGAUUUGAAGAGCGACGCAUGAUUACAGCGCCUAUGCUUCGAAGAGCAGCAUGGCACAAGUUCAAUAUCCUCGACCCAGCAUUCAUGAACAACGUCAAGGUCACACUCGACAAAGGAGCUAUUGUUCACGACGGCGAAAUGGUUGCGAUGUUGAAUCUUCUUGCCGGUGGCUGUGUCAGAACCAAAGCCGGGGCUGAUGUUCCACGCACUCGGUACGGACUCGAUUGGGAACGAAUUGGGUACGAGACAAGAAAAAUGGACAAGUCUCGCCUUGAUUUCAGUGUCGACAUCGUUCCAACCGAUGUCUACGAGUUUGGAGAUGCCUAUUCUGAGACUCGUAAGCAUCCCAUCCCACGCGGUCAAGCUGACGAUGAUUCUGGCCUCAUCCCUCCUUGGAUCGAUAUCCACGGUACGUUUCAGCCGGCGUUAUGGGAGAUGUUUGUGGCAGGUGUGCUAGGGAGUAUCACUCAGCUUCCUGGCUCCACUGCAAAGGAACUCAGCCGAUUGUUGGGAUAUGCUCUUGAUGAAGACGAGGUUGAUCUACUCAUGAGCUGGUGUGUCUCGGCUGGGUUUGCAAAGCAUGAUAUGCAAUCUCACGGCUACGAGACCCUUACGGGCUGGUGGUUGUGUCUUUCUGUUGGGGUGGAAAAUGGGUGGGAAUGGAAUACUCCCAUCGGGUUUAGAGGAUGAUGGAUCCUCUAAUGUAUGAUAUCAAAGACGUGCAUAACGAGAUAUUGAUCAAAGACGAUGGCCAGGUAGAGAGCCACCAGGCAAGAAUGUAAUUGAAUCAUUCGCCAACUUGGACAAUUUCGAACGAUAUCUCGAGAUGUUUUGUGUCUCACUUUUGUCCUUCCACCAUCGAGCCCUCUACAUGAUGGGACAUAUGUGUUGUACCACAAGACCGAG